UGACUCAAAUCGUUGGACGCUUGGCUUUGGAAGAGUGGAUAUUCAUUCAGUGUGUUUUCAGUCUUAUGCUAUACUCCACGUACAUUUUUAUUUCUUUUUUUAUUUCUUCAAGUCGCAAUACAUUUUUAGUGUUUAUUUUACAAGUUUAAAAAUCAUUAAUAAGAUGGCUGGUUCAAUCAUUGACAACGCUGCCAUAUACAAAAAGAAGACGUUCGCGUACGUUCCUCCGUCAGCUCCGGCUCCCUUACUAGAUUCUACAUCCUUCACGUUGGACUUUACAGCACGCAAAUUUUUACUUGUUGGAAUCGAUCCGACUGACAAUUUUCAGACAGUAAUUCAUUUAUUGACUUCUUCUCGUCACGUGAAAUUGUCAACAGAUUUUCUAAAACGAAUAUUCUCGCUAAUGGGUAACGUACUAUCAUUUAUAUUAGACAUACCACAGUCCUAUAAACGAACCAUAUUUCUCGAGACUGAUUUUUAUAAAUUAUCGAGUAUGGUGUAUGGAGGAAUAAAUGUUUUAGUAAUAGAAUCUAAAACUGAAGACGGGUGUAGAAUACUUUUGAAUCGCGCAGAUCUAAUACAGCUUCAGAGAUUAGAAUGGAGUAUUUCUGCAAGUAUAGGGGAAAAAGUUGUAUUCAUCAAACCCAAAAUCAUCAAAGAGAUGAAUCAAUAUUGCGACUAUUUGGCUAAACAAUUUUUACAAGUGGAUUCACCGAAACCUCAAAAUGUGCAUGAAAUGCUAAUUUUUAUUAAUAACGAAGAAGACAAGCAGAGCAGUCAAAAUCAAUACCUCAGUCAAAUCAAGAUGUUUGCGUCUACACAAUUAGCUGAACUCUGUAUGACUCGAUUGAAGACACAAAACUCACAAGUGUCAUAUGACACGAAUUUCCGAAGGUGUUCAUCUUUGUCACCCAACUUUUCACCAGCAAGCACCCCUAUUUCCAGAUUGUACGGAGAUCACAAUGGACGUGAUGGGUUUAAUCAAUCGGACGACGACGAUAUUAAUUUUGCUAAGGUAAUUUAUAUGGAUUCACCAUUAUCACCGAGCUAUUCACCGGUCACCAACAAAUUCAACGUACAUAACGAUCCACCUACAUACGCUACACUUAGACAGUUAGAGGCGCUAGAUCAUAUUGACGGCCCACGGAUACCGGACGAGAUUUCUAAUCAACAACAAUCGGUCGACGUAAAUGAUGGACCUGAUUUUUACAAUGGAUUUCAUACUCCCUCGCCAUCAAAUCGAGCCACCUUUGUCGAACACCCAACACCAUUACGUAAAGUAAAACGUAGACUUUUUUAAUCAUUUUGUUUGAGAUCAAUAAUUUAUGUAAAAUAAUAAAAAAA